AUGGCAUUCACCUGGCAUUCACCUGGCAUGGACCCCAGCCAGGGUUCCCGGAAAGCUGGGAAGGGUGGGCCUGAAAAGGCUGGCCCGUCCCGGAACGAUGGGAGCAAGGGGUUGCGACCGCUAGUGGGCCCUCAACAGCCACAGAGUAGGGCGAUCCAAGGGAAGGACCCCCCUUGGACGAAGGUAGAGCGGAAGAGGAAGAAGAAGGCGAAUCCGCAGGUAGUAGCGCAGGACGCCAAGCCAAGGCGUAGGAGGGCAGGUGCCAAGCGCGAGAAAGGCGACGCUAUCGUCAUCAAGACGGAACAGUCCAAGUACUCGGACGUCUUGAAGAUGAUGCGAAGCGAAGCCAAGCUUGAGGGUCUUGGAGCCGACGUACGCAGUAUUAGACGUACUCGUACGGGCGAGAUGAUCCUGGAGCUGAAGCGCCAGAAGGAGCACGAGGGCGCCGCCUAUAAGAGGCUGGCAGAAGAGGUCCUUGGUGAGGGUGUGCAGGUGAGGGCUCUGACACAUGAGGCGACUCUGAAGGUCAAGGACAUCGAUGAGAUCACCGAAGUGGAAGAGCUCGUCACGGCACUGCGGCAACAGUGCGAUGUGCAGGUGGCCGCCGCAGCCGUUAAGCUACGGAAAGGGCCAGCAGGGACACAGAUAGCUUUGGUUCAGCUACCUGUGGCGGACGUCAAAAAGUCCGUUAAAGUAGGGAGCAUAAAGGUGGGUUGGUGUGUAUGUCACCUGACAUUCCACGAGCCACCAGAGGUUUGCUUCAGGUGUCUGGAACCAGGACACAAGUCGUGGGACUGCAAAGGCCCCGACAGGCGCAAACUGUGCAGGCGAUGCGGCGCUGAAGGUCAUAAGGCCCAAAGCUGCACGAGUCCGCCCAUCUGCAUGAUCUGUACCGGGAAAUCCUCGAACAACAGACAUCCGAUGGGUGGCCCAAGGUGCCCGGCCUUCAAGAAAGCCGCAGUGAACAACAAAUCACAGUGCAGGUAACGCAGCUGAACCUGAACCACUGUGAUGCGGCUCAGCAACUGCUUUGUCAGGCAGUUUCUGAGUGGGAGACGGAUAUCGCCAUCAUAUCGGACCCAUACCGAGUACCCGCCGGCAACGGCAACUGGGUCGCGGAUGGGACCAGAAAAAUGGCGGCGAUAUGGACGACGGGUAAAUACCCCGUUCAGGAGUUGGUGUCUACUACCUAUGAGGGCUUCGUGGUCGCCAAAGUAAACGGGGUCUUCUUCUGUAGCUGUUAUGCGCCUCCGCGGUGGCCGAUCGAGCAGUUCACGCAAAUGCUGGACCGCUUAACGACCGUGCUAACAGGGCGAAGGCCGGUGGUAAUAGCGGGCGACUUUAAUGCCUGGGCCGUGGAAUGGGGAAGCCGUUUCACGAACCAGCGGGGUCAGAUCCUGCUAGAAACACUGGCCAUCUUAGAAGUCGACUUGGCUAAUGUCGGUACCAAGAGUACCUUUAGUCGAAACGGAGCGGAGUCAAUUAUUGACGUGACCUUUUGUAGUCCUGGCCUAACAAGUAGUUCGAACUGGAGAGUAGAUGAUGGCUACACUCACAGCGACCACCUGGCGGUUCGCUACAGUAUCGACUACAAUAACAGCAGACAGCGGAUAGAAGAAGAGGCGGCUAGGCCAAGGCCAAGCCCUCGCAGGUGGAAGACAUCAUACUUCGACGAAGGGGUAUUUAGGGAGGCGCUCCGCCGUGAGCAAAACUUAAUCGGUUUAGACGGCGACGAGCUGGUAGCGGUGCUCUCACGUGCGUGUGAUGCGACCAUGCCUAGGCGAGUCCACCCUAGAAAUGGGAGGCCACCGGCUUACUGGUGGACCGACGCGAUUGCGGACCUGCGCCGCGCCUGCCUACGGGCUAGGCGGCGGAUGCAGCGAGCACGAUCAGAGGAAGAGCGAAACGAACGGCGGGUGGUGUUCGCCGCUGCAAAAGCCGCGCUUAAGACCGAGAUAAGAGCAAGCAAAAAGGCCUGCUUUGAGGGUCUCUGUCAGAGUGCCAAUACGAACCCGUGGGGUGACGCCUACAGGAUCGUUAUGGCCAAGACGAGAGGUGUGAUGGCUCCUACAGAGCAAUCUCCAGAGAUGUUGGAGGGGAUCAUUGGAGGACUUUUUCCGCGUCAUGAUCCUAGUCCUUGGCCUCCUUUCGUAGGACAGCCGGGGACUGGGGCUGGCGAUGAGGAGAGGGUCACCGAUGUGGAACUUGCGGGGAUAGCUAAGUCCCUUAGCGUAGGUAAGGCCCCAGGUCCGGACGGAGUUCCGAACCUGGCCUUAAAAGUAGCUAUUGCAGAGGCUCCCGAGAUGUUCAGGUCUGCUAUGCAGAAAUGCCUGGACGAGGGAGUUUUCCCAGAAGCUUGGAAGAGGCAGAGCCUGGUACUAUUGCCAAAGGCGGGGAAACCACCCGGAGACCCGUCGGCAUAUAGACCAAUAUGCUUGAUUGACACGGCGGGGAAGGUGCUCGAAAAGAUCAUCCUCAAUAGAAUGUUGCGGUUCACCGAGGGCGAAAAUGGUCUUUCGAGUAACCAGUACGGCUUCCGGAAGGGGAGGUCCACCGUAGACGCUAUCUUGUCGGUUACAAAAACCGCCGAGAAAGCACUCGAGCCUAAGAGGAGGGGAAUUCGCUUUUGC